CGGGCUUUUGCGCGUGCGUUGCAAUAUAAUGGUCGUCGAGGCAAUACUGGAGUAUAGAGCGCAUUCCUAAAGGAAAAUAGACACUGUCACCCAUCCCAAACAGACCAGAAGGAAUCAUGGGGAGUGUGUUCUUGCCGUCGGACCUCGCCAACACAGUGCUGAGGCGUUUGCGCAGGGACAACGGCUACCUGUUAGAGGAGAUCCGUCAGGGCAACAUCCAGAGAGAGUGCAGAGAGGAGAUCUGCACCUAUGAGGAAGCCAGGGAGGCCUUUGAGAACGAUGAGAAAACUCAACGGUUCUGGGAGGAGUAUGUGCGGGAGAGCAGUGGCGGGCAGCAGUUGGAGGGCAGAGUCCACUCCCUCUACCUGAUCCUCCCCUUGCUCCUGGUGCUCCUGAUCUCCGGUGUGGCCAUCACUGUGUGGCGCUGCCACUCCCGCAAGCGCUCGGAACGCAACCUCGCCCUGGGCCACUCCCACCGGGACCCCACCCUAUCGUUGGUCUCCAUGGACCAGUGGGGGCGGGACCUCCAAGACCACUCGGAGCUCAGCGUCAACAGCAGCCCCGCCGACCCGGGCUCGGAGGUCACGUCGGCGAGGGGAGGUAGAGGAGACCCGCCCCCGUCUUACGACGAGGCGGUCGGCCACACAGAUGUGCACAUAGAGACAGAGCCUCCUCCUCAGUAUGAGGACAUCAUUGGCCAUGGGAAGUGAAGUGACCCCCCCAUGCCCUGUCUCAACCGGCCCCCAUCCAGCUAGAUCAGGGGUGUCAAACUCAUUCCAUGGAGGGCCGUCUGUCUGGUGGUGUUUGUUUUUUUUCUUCUCAAUUCAGACCAGCUGAGGGGAGGUACUAACUAAUCAAUGACCUUAAUUCGUCAGUCAGGUCCAAGGGAGGAGGGAACACCUCAGUGGAAGGGAGGAGGGAACACCUCAGUGGAAGGGAGGAGGGAACACCUCAGUGGAAGGGAGGAGGGAACACCUCAGUGGAAGGGAGGAGGGAACACCUCAGUGGAAGGGAGGAGGGAACACCUCAGUGGAAGGGAGGAGGGAACACCUCAGUGGAAGGGAGGAGGGAACACCUCAGUGGAAGGGAGGAGGUCAACACCUCAGUGGAAUAAGUUUGACACAUGAGCUUAGAUCCUCCUGCCCAGUCUCACCCUCCCGCUCACCUCCCUCUAACUGUUAUGUUACUACACUAACACAGAGAUGUUGGAUGCAAUAACGUUGAUGCUUGCACUGACCAUCGGAUAGGGGUGGAGUGAUGGUGAAGAUGAUACCAAAUGUUAGAUUUUGCUAUACCCAAAUGUACAGGUAUUUAACCAUACUGCCAUACAUCAGUGAUGUUAUGACUACGCUGGAGGUUUGGGGCUUGAUGAAUGGUGUAAAGUUAAAAAAAACUUCUGAUUUCCAUACUUCUAAAAAGGAGAGAAAUAUCAAAUCUGAUAACUAAUCAGUUAUUUUCAAAACUUAUUUCAAGCUGUGUGCUUUCUGAUCAGUGUGUGUGUAUAUGUAUAUAUAUAUAUAUAUAUAUAUGUGUGUGUUGUUUUGAUUGCUCGGAGAGUGAAUUGUAAAAAAAAGAAAAUGAAAAAAAGUUGAAAUUUUUGCCAUACAUUUUGGUUAGCCAGUAGUAGCUUUGUACACAUAGACGUGGAUGGAUCUAUCCCAGCGUCAUAUGAAUUAGUCAGGGACAGUCAAUAUUCUCAGACCAUAUUCCCUAAGGGUACAUCCCAAAUGUUACCCUAUUCCCUAUGUAGUGUACUAAUUUUGACUCAUCCAUAUGGGUAUUAGUGCACUAAAUAGGGCAUAGAGUCUCCGUGUGACACUAUGGGAGCUGUGCUGGCAUGGAGCGCAGCGUGACCUGCGAGGGGACAGGAAGCUACAGACAAUUACCCAUUUUCUCUCUUUGGGCUACAUACAGUAUUAAAUGUCACUACGCACAGUGUAUGUGUGUGUGAGCGCAUUUUUCUUUUACUGCGGAUAACGGCACCGACGACAUUGAUAAUGGUGUGAAUAACAUGAGGUGUGUGACUGAAGGCACUUUGUGUUGUGGCAGUUGGUUUGGUUCAAUUCAGCACUACCAAUAAUACUCACCAAUAAUGUCAUCAGCUUUUGGGCAACUGUAUAUUUUACGUGCCAAUUAUGCAGCUGGGGGACGAAAUGUAUACAUCCUAAACACGAAAUAUCUGUGUAAUAUUCAUUAUUAUAAGUGAUAUUGAUACAUGUAAUAUGACGAUGGCCCUGUAAACACUUAUUUCUUGAGACAAUGUAUUUUGACCGGGGUUCAAUCUUAUCCGCGUCAAAGUGCGUUGACAUUUUAACAGUAAUUCCCGAUUGUGCCGACAUUGCAACGUGUACUGUUGAUGCGAUCUCAGCAAACGUUGGGAACAUCGCCUUUAGAAGGCGUAUUGUCGACAGCACUCUACGUAUUGAAAUACGGCCUUUGUCUGCACAAUAAUGUUUACACAGUAAUUGUGCCGUGUCUCUACAAAAAUAAUCACACAGCGUUGUUGAGAUUGGUUGUGAUGCAACGCAAAACAUUGUGCCAAAUGCGUUAUACAUCAGUUGUAGGACUUGAGUGUGCACGGGGCCUGUGUAAUCUGUACACUGCAGAUGUAUGAGAGGACUGAUGUAUUUUGUUGACCUGUGGAACUGCAGCACUUAUCUCUAUGCUAUAUGACCUGUGAUUGGGAUGUGCUGGUUGAGGUAGACAUUUUGGUUGGGUUUAUGGCCCUGUCCAGAAAUGGCCCCUACCCUUUUAACCAGGGCUCUCCAAUCCUGUUCCUGGAGUGCUACCCUCUUGUACAGUUUCACUCCAACUCCUGUUGUAACUAACCUGAUUCAGCUCAUCAACCAGCUAAUUAUUAGAAUCAGGUGCGCUAGAUUAGGGUUGGAGAGAGAACCUACUGGAUGGUAGCUCCCCAGGAACAGGGUUGGAGAGAACCUACAGGAGGGUAGCUCCCCAGGAACAGGGUUGGAGAGAGAACCUACAGGAGGGUAGCUCUCCAGGAACAGGGUUGGAGAGAACCUACAGGAGGGUAGCUCUCCAGGAACAGGGUUGGAGUGAGAACCUACAGGAGGGUAGCUCUCCAGGAACAGGGUUGGAGUGAGAACCUACAGGAGGGUAGCUCUCCAGGAACAGGGUUGGAGAGAACCUACAGGAGGGUA